AUGAUCACAAAAAAGAAUAAUACUAGUAAAAGGAAUGCAAACAAGAAUGGUCCUGGACAGGAAAAUGGAAGGAGUGACGCACCACCAUCAGCAGGAGGAGCUGGGCGGAGGCCGGGAAAGAGGACUGGAGAUGGUCCAGUUACAUGUAGCGAAAAGGAUUUGGGGGUAGGGAAGGCGGCUACUGAAGGGAGUGAGCAUGUCUGGACGACUGUUUGGGAUCAUGUUUUAGAUUACUGGAAAGCAAGCUUGGACAAGUCCCGAAAAGUACUUUUUCUGAAGUAUGAACAAAUGACACAAGAACCAGCAUUUUACCUGAAACUUCUUGCCCAGGUCUUGGGUUGUCCAAUUUCUCAGGAGGAAGAGACAGCAGGAGCGGUUGAUGAGAUUUUAGGGCUCUGUAGUUUUGAUCACUUGAGAAAUUUGGAGGUGAACAAGAGCGAGACCUGGUGGAUUCUUAGGAAUCAGGUAUUUUUUCGUAACGGUAAGGUUGGAGAUUGGAAAAAUUAUCUUACAAGUGAGAUGGCAGAGCGGCUAGAGCAGAUCACUGCACAGAAAUUCCAUGGAUCCGGAUUGGAUCUAUAA